AUGAAAGGAGCCCUUCCCAAAGCGCUCAGUGGGCUUGUAAAGGGUCAAUUGUACCACAUUACCACGCCAAUCUUUUAUCCCAAUGCGAAACCCCAUCUUGGCCACUUGUACUCGAGCUUGCUGUGCGAUGUGAGUGCAAGAUGGCAUGCGAUGCUCGGUGAUAAAACACUUUUCACCACAGGUACUGACGAGCAUGGCUUGAAAAUUCAAACGGCAAGUGAGGCAAAAGGUUAUCGUUCUCCUAAAGAGUUUGUAGAUAUACUUCACCAAGAAUUUGUUAAACUGGAUGAGUUGGCAAAUGUCGAUUUCAGUCGAUUCAUCAGAACGACGGACGAAGACCACAACAACUCCGUCAGAGAGCUAUGGAACAGAUGCUGGCGUCAUGGAUAUAUCUACAAGGGCGAGCAUUCAGGCUGGUACUCAGUUUCUGAUGAGUGCUUUUAUCCAGAUUCGAAAGUGGUGCGUAUAAAGAAAGACAGUCCUGGGGCCAUAGACAGUAAGGACGGAAAGUUCAUCAAUACUGAAACUGGAAACGAGGUUGUCUUUCAAUCAGAGACGAACUAUUUCUUCAAGCUGUCAGCGUUGCAAGAUAAACUAAUAGACCUCUUGGAGAAUGAGAAACCAGAAUUUAUCAGCCCCCCCAGUAGACGAGAUCAAAUACUUAAUGAUCUGAAAACCUCACAACUGCGCGAUAUAUCUGUUUCGAGGCCAAGUUCAAGAAUCAGAUGGGGUAUUGACGUUCCACAAGACUCGACUCAAAAAAUAUACGUCUGGUUUGAUGCCUUAUGCAAUUACCUGGCUUCCAUUGGUGGCACAGGGGCCGUUGCUACAAACAAGCCCGUAUUUGUGAGGCACAAAGGCUGCGACCAUUUGAAAAAUCCCGGUGACUGGUUCGCCAAGACCACUCACUUGAUCGGCAAAGAUAUCGCAAAAUUUCAUACUAUUUACUGGCCAAGUUUUUUACUCGCAGCUGAACUCCCUUUACCUCGUGAGGUAGUCAUUCAUGGCCACUGGCUUUCGGGUGGGAUCAAGAUGAGUAAAUCACUGGGUAAUGUGGUCGACCCCAUUGCUAUGAUAUCUUACUAUGGAUGCGACACAAUGAGAUGGUAUAUUCUAGAGAAUUCUCACAUUGAGGCGGAUGGAGACUUCCGCGAAGAACGCUUGCAUGCGACAAGAGAACAAUUAGUUUCAAAAUGGGGCAAUUUACUCAAUAGGUGUUGCGGUAAAAAGUUCAAUGUUCACAGAGCUGUAAAAACAUUUGCCAAGCCAGAGGCACUUGACGAAGACCUUUCACGUUAUUUGGAGAAUCCUGCGACUAAAGAUGGUUACUCAAAAAUAGUUAAGCAACUGGAAAGAUUACCAGGAGCAUUUAAUGAGGCUAUGUUGAAGUUGGAUACAAGGUCAGCCCUGAAGCUCUUAUGGGAGGUAAUUGGCGAAGCGAACGCUUUCGUACAGAGCGGAACCCCAUGGCUUAAGUCAAAUUCGGAACAGGAUAUCAUUAUCUUUGUAGCAAUGGAAACUGUGAGAAUAACUGCCAUUCUCUCUCAGCCUAUCAUCCCAAGCUUAUCCAAUGAAUUCUUGGAUCGUAUUGAUAUCGACACAUCUCGAAGAUCACUUAAAUAUGCGGAAUUUGGACUUGAUUCAGACUAUGGCAAAAAUUCAAACGAGGGAGGGCGAUCUGUGGUGAUCACAAGGAAACCUCUAAGAAUUGAGUAG